GACGCGUUCUGGGGCAACGUGAUAUAUCAUUAGGUCUCGCCUGGAGCGGCACAACAGAUUAUCAUACAGAUAAAAAGAACAAGUAAGGUAUUGAACAACCAGCUAAACCUGAAGCAUCAUGGACACCAUCAAGAAAGCCAUCGGCAGCGCCUUCGAUCCCAACACAGACAUCCCCGACCUCAGCGGAAAGGUCUACGUCGUAACAGGCGGCUCCGCUGGAAUCGGAUACGGCAUCGUAGCGCACCUCCUUCAGCACAACCCCGCGAAAAUCUACCUCCUGUCGAACAAAGAAGAGCACGCCGACGACGCUCAGGAGGCGCUCAAGGAAUGGGGUAACAUAAGCAAAGUCGAGUGGCGCAAGUGCAACCUCGAAGAUCUCAAGCAGGUCGACGAAGUAGCCAAGUCGCUGGCAAAGGAGCUGGAUAGGCUUGAUGCUUUGGUCUGCAACGCGGGUCUGGGGGUUGGCGUAUAUAACGAGACGCGCGAUGGCUUGGAUAGCCACAUGCAGGUCAACAUUUUCUCGCAGGCUCAUCUCACGCUCAUGCUCUUGCCUGUAUUGCAGAAGACACCCGACUCGCGCAUUGUACACCAGUCUUCCGACCUACACAAGGGCGCCGACUCGAGCAUGAAGUUUGAAUCCAUUCAGGAGAUCAACCAAGACAUCGGUGCGAUGAAGCUCUACAACCGCACCAAGCUAGCGCAGAUCCUCUUUCUACGCGAAUUGUACUUCCGCAUCAAGGCUGGCGAGUUCGGUCAAGUCACAGAGAGUACGGGUUUACCGUGGAUCAACGCGACACAUCCUGGUGGCGUAGUGACGGAUCAGCAGGAUCAGGCAGUCGAGGCUUAUGGUACUGCUGGAAAGGUUGGCGUCAAAGCCGUGCGACCGUUCAUGAAAGACCCAGUAGCGGAGGGAUGUCGACCGGCUUUGUUUGCUGCAGCGUCACCUGAUAUUGCGAAGGAGCAGAUCCAGAACUCGUACAUCGUUCCUGAUAAGAAGGUCCAAGAAGCGUCCAAGCAGGCCAGAGAUGAGAAGUUGCAGAGAAACUUGUGGAGACUAACCAAGGAAGUUCUGGAGUCGAAGAUUGGAAGCUUGCCGUACGAGAUGAGAACUGAGGUUGUCAACAUCGCGUAGACCGAGGGUAAAUGACGGUCCGAUUAUUGAUGGACAAUGUCCGAAUAUGACUCAGGUGCCUAUUAGAUGCGCUCCACAGUUUAUCGCACUUGCAUCUCAUGAGCGAUCCCGCAUACUUGAGUUCCAUGGAAGGUAGACGAACGAAGCGCGAUCCACGCGUCAGCUAUUUGUAUGACGCGUUACAUAACAAAAAGUUCAACCACAAAGCAAGGUUAUAUCCCACUACAAGGCGUAUGCAGCGUCUAGAUCAAAAC